AUGGGAGACCCAAGUUCGAGCGUGCCUCCUCAUGUCCUUCCACAUAUUCACCUCAUCUCCUCUCAUAGAUUUCCUGUCACCGCAUCCAUCACCCCGGAUGAAGCCCUUGGCCACCUAAAACAUGCACCGGGAAUUGUGAGUGGCCGAGCCGCCAUGGCCUGGCAGUACUUUCAGCAACCCCCUACCGAUGGCAGUACAUUCCUCACCUGGCAGCCGCCUCAGCGAGGUGCAAGAUUCUCCAGCGAUGGUUACAUAUGGGCAGACCCAGAACAAAGCUUCACAGCCAAUAUCGGCGGCUAUACUAUGGAGGUAUGGAUUCAUCAAGCAGGCUGCCGAUAUGGUGUGGAGCCUUUUACUGCUCAUCGCCGGACUCGAUUUCAUAUUGUCAAUAAGCUACCCUCCGUCGAACCCAACGGGCCCAAUCCAGACCCUCAACUAUGGAUUGUACAUUAUGGCCCAACAGAUCCACAAUAUCGCUUCCCCGCUGAACGCAUUCCCCCAAACAUGGAGACUCAAGGAAUGCUAAGAGAUCGACAACUAUUCGAAAGACAAGGGCAACUCCUGCGAAAAGAGUUCAUGCUCCAUGAUCGUAGUAACUGGCCCAAAGUCGAAUUUUCACAUGCCGGACAGAUGUCUGGCGCGCAGAAUCGAGGAAUGUAUGGACCAAAUCAGAUGCCCAGACCUCCACAGCCUUUCUACCAAGGGAGGGACGGUCCAGGCAUGGGUCCAUCGCCAGCGAAACGUCAGCGACAAGGUCCGCCUCCACAUAUCCCAGGAACUACUGCACCCAACACACCACAACCUCUUGGAAAUACAGAUGAUCUUGAAGAAGAAAAUACGACGUACGGUGACCUACUUGAUCAUCUCACACCAUCAGAAAUAAGCAAGAUGAGGUAUACGCAGCAUCAUGAGUGGAUGGAGGAGAUCUACUCAUCCCCUUAUGCUGCUGGGCAGAUCGAGCCGAUCGACAUAGGUUUCGGAUUGGUAGGUGAGCUAGCACCUUUGACUAGCGGUAUCUUCGAGUCACCCAUUCGACAGCAGGGCGGUGCUGCUCAAGGGGAGUCGGUGAGAAGCUACCGGAAACUGGACCCGGCCCAGUAUGAAGAAUUCAAGAAACGAGUAGAGGAGUACGAGAAGGAUGGACAAGCGGAGAUGGAACGAAUGAAGGCUGAGCACAGCAAAAAGAUAGCGGAUCUCAAACGCACAAAAACAUACGUCCAAGGCGAACGCCGUCUCCGAGAUGUGGUAUGGGACUUGGACAAUUCGCCAAAUUCGCAGCAUCACGCACCUGACUCAAUUGAAUCUUCAACGGGGGGUCCAGUCGCAUCGAAUAGCCAGGUUGAGAAAAUCAUCAAAGAUGUCGAGAACUCACUCGGUGUAAUUAUCGGACCCAAGAAGGACAUUACCGUCGUUGACAAAGGAGGACUGAGUGAGGAUCCUGAACCUCACAUGAACGGGCAUGGUACCCAGCAAGAGAAUGUGUACCGUGACGCCACUGAUAUAGGUACAUUACUCAACGAGGCAGCAAUGGAUGGUGAGAACACAGCAGCAAGUCUUCUAGAUGAAUUCACUCAGAAUUCUGCGGUAAACACCCCUGGGACGCGAGCUCACAGCCAGCCAGUCUCGCAGUCUGGGAACCUGGGACAGUCUGCAGCCGUAACUCCUCAGGCCAACAUCGCAGCGUCACAAGCUCCCUCGCAAUCGGCCACCCAGUCCUCGGCCCAUGUUGAUCCGAACCAGAACCUGGACGGGCUAGAUAUGGAUGUGGACAUGCCCGAGGUCGGCGGUGCACCUAAUGAGGGUGAGGCUGACUGGGUGAUGGUAGAUGAAGCCUCAGCAGAAAGUGGCCAGCGAGGUCAGCAAUCAGGCACGACAGCAAGCGAACAACAAGUACAUGCAACUGCCACAACGACAGAAGGGGCGAGCACCGAGCAGCCUGCGGCAAUGACUUCGACUAAUGAUGAUCUACACGAGGGUAGUCCAAGCAUGUUCGAUUCGAAUUUUGGUGGCUUUGACGAUCUGGAUACCGCCGGUGAUGCGCUUGCGGAGUACACAAAUGAUGGCGACGAGCUUGGUCUCGAUCUAGACAAUUCUGCAUUCGGGGAUGCGUUCCAACCUGCAGAUCAUCAUGAAAAUUCUGGCGACAACGCUCAUCCUUGA